AUGACGCAAAAUAACACCGUAACGCUCAAGACCCUCACAGCUCAUGAGCUUUUAUCUUCACGAGAAAACAUGUGCGAGCUAUUCGGGCUCAUUGAUGACUCUGAACGCCGCUCUUUGCUUGUUGGAGACGAUCGGGAAGCGCAGCUGGAGAAGCUGAAGGCCAAACAGGAAAAACUGAAAAUCGACGUUGAAAAUAUCAAAAAGGAGCUUUCUUGA